AUGGCCUACACAGACGACGCUGUGCUGGCCAAGCUCUCGGCCCUCAAUGAGAGCCACGACAGCAUUGCAACUGCUGCUCAAUGGAUCAUGUUCCACCGCCGUCAUGCAGACCGCACAGUACAGUUGUGGCUCGGCAGACUUAAGGAGUCUCCAAGCUCCAAACGCCUGAAUCUCGUGUACCUAGCAAACGAGGUUACGCAGCAGUCCAAAGCUCGUCACAGGGAUGAUUUUGUCAAUGCAUUCUCGCCAAUUAUCGCAGAGGCUGCCGCCGUGGCCUACAAGGGUGCCUCUUCUGAUGUCCAGAACAAGCUCAGACGUGUGAUUGACGUCUGGAAGGACCGUAACAUCUUUGAGCCAGCCAUACAAGCUGCGGUCGAGGCGCGUCUAGAAGAUUUGGACAAGGCAAAGGGCAUACCAAAAUCUUCCAGCUUUGGCGCCUCCGGUCUAUCCGGCUCGGGUGGGUCUGUGCCAUCCGAGCUCAGUGCCCUGGUUGCUCCGCAGCAAAAUGUCUCGAAGCAGCAGUUGCCUAUGAAGUCUGCUAUUAGUGCCGCCAAUCAGGACUAUGAAAGGCUCACCAACCCUGCAAACCCGGUACCUACUGCGCCCGUAUACGCUGCGCGGCUUAACGGCUUGCUCAAGACUCUGGCAACCGCAGAGGGCGCUGUUGCCGAAUGCGUCAAGGCACGCAAGGAGCUUAUUGGUGCCUUGGAGAAGAUGCUUGACUCUAACAGGGAAGCUCUUCGAGCGGACGAGGCCCAGCUCGUUGAGCUGUCAUCGCGCAGGCAGGCCAUCGACGCAAAGAAGAGUGACGUUGAGAUGGCCAUCAUGUCCGGACUCAGCAUGCAAGACAAUUCCGUACCGCACGGUGGCGCUCCGGAUGGACCACCUGCGCCCGACCCAGCUCAGCCCCAGGUUGAGGCUCUCACUCCACCCUCCGCCGGCGCAGAUGACAAUAUGUACGACAACAGCGCCAGCUUUGCACCGCCGCCUCCCGAGCUUGUACCGGCUACCGAGCAACCGACGGGGGUACAGCCGAUGGCUUCGGGAAUUGAGAUGCUGUCCAACAUAGCAUCGCAGUAUCACUCAGUGCCCACAAACGGCAACGCCAAUAAACGUCGUCGUGUUGAGUCUGGGGAGGAGUUCCCGGAUCUGGGCAAAGAUGAUGGCAUUGAUCCUGAUGUUAAGGAGAUGCUUAGCAACGAUGUCAAGGCAGAAGCUGCUUGA